AUGGCGUCUCAGCGGCUGGCGCUGAAUCUUCAGCGGUCCCUUCGAAGCAGACAAGCUCUUAAUGCCAUUCAGUCUCCUCUCCGCCGCUACGCCAACCCCGUCACUCCCUCCAGAACCGAAAGCACCACUCUUUCGAACGGCCUGACGAUCGCGACCGAGCAUUCGCCAUGGGCCCAGACCUCCACUGUCGGUGUUUGGAUUGAUGCCGGGAGCAGAGCGGAAACAGACAAGACCAAUGGAACCGCACAUUUCUUAGAACAUCUUGCUUUCAAGGGCACUGGCAGGCGAACCCAACAUCAACUAGAGCUCGAGAUUGAGAACAUGGGUGGCCACCUGAACGCAUACACUUCGCGUGAAAAUACCGUUUAUUACGCCAAAUCCUUCAACUCCGAUGUUCCCAAGACCGUCGAUAUUCUUUCCGACAUCCUCCAAAACUCCAAACUCGAGCCUGCAGCCAUCGAGCGCGAAAGAGAUGUAAUUCUCAGGGAACAGGAGGAAGUCGACAAGCAAUUGGAGGAAGUGGUGUUCGACCACUUGCAUGCAACAGCUUACAUGCAUCAACCUCUCGGCCGCACCAUCCUCGGACCCAAGGAGAACAUUGAGACGAUUUCUCGACAAGAUCUGGUUGAUUAUAUUACCACCAAUUAUACCGCCGACCGUAUGGUCCUUGUCGGCGCAGGUGGUAUCCCUCAUGAGGAAUUGGUCAAGCUGGCCGAGAAACAUUUCGGACACUUGAGAUCCGCUCCGCCGACACCUUAUGCCGCCGAAGUUGCCGCCGAGCAGAAGCGUAAACCCAACUUCAUUGGCUCCGAAGUCAGGAUAAGGGACGACACGAUCCCCACCGCACACAUUGCCAUUGCCGUUGAAGGUGUUUCCUGGAAAGACGACGAGUAUUUCCCGGCCCUAGUUACCCAGGCGAUCGUAGGGAAUUGGGACCGGACGAUGGGCAAUUCCCCGUACCUUGGCUCAAGACUCAGCACAUUUGUGAAUGCAAAUAACCUGGCCAAUAGCUUCAUGAGCUUCUCCACGAGCUACAGCGAUACUGGACUAUGGGGAAUCUACCUCGUUACCGAGAACAAGACCCAAAUCGACGACCUUGUUCACUUUACCCUGCGCGAGUGGUCCCGCCUCUCCUUCAAUGUGUCCGAAGCAGAGACCGAACGCGCCAAAGCCCAGCUCAAAGCCUCCAUCCUCUUGAGCCUUGACGGCACAACGGCCGUAGCAGAGGACAUCGGACGACAAAUCGUCACGACUGGCAGGAGAAUGGAUCCCGCGGAGAUUGAGCGCGUGAUCGGCCAAAUUACAGCAAACGAUGUGAUGCGGUUCUGCCAGAAGAAGCUUUGGGAUCAGGACGUUGCGGUGAGCGCGGUGGGUAGUAUUGAGGGCUUGUUGGAUUAUAAUCGGAUCAGGAAUGAUAUGGCGCGGAACCUGGCAUAG